AUGAGUGCUCAGAACGAAGUCGAUGGACGACGAACCUUAGAGACCGAUGUACUGAUCGUCGGGUCCGGUCCUAUUGGUGCGGUAUACGCCAGAACCAUCACUGACGCCGAUAAAAGCAUCAAUGUGCUCAUGGUUGAUAUGGGGGUGCAGAAGACAAGGUUGAUUGGUGAUCACAAGAAGAACAGUAUCGCGGUACAGAGAGGUAGUGCUCAUUUUACUAGCACUGUCCAGGGAGCAUUGGGCCUAUUGUCAGAAUCGGCCAAUGCAGCACCUGCUUCUUUGGACACUGUUCCCCGUUUUCCAGAUGUCGUAUCGUCUACCGGAGGCGCCAAUGGACUACCUCACAACGAUCUGCCCGCUGCUCCAGUAGUCAGGGAGGUCGGAGGUAUGGGCUCCUACUGGAGCUGUGCUACACCCGAACAGCACCCCAUGAUUGAGAGAUCGGACCUCUUCUCUAAUGAGGAGUGGUCAGUCCUAUAUGGCCAAGCUAGGACUCUUUUUCAUACUACUGACAGAGAAUUUGACCAUUCACUCCGCCACCAACUCGUCAAGGACACGCUCAUCCGAGCACACAAGGGUCGAGAGGUUGCGAACCUGCCCUUGGCAUGCCAGCGAAGUACCAGUAACUCAGAGUAUGUGCGAUGGACUGGCCCAGCCACAAUUCUCGGAAAGCUUGCCGAUCCAACGUAUAACGAUGGCAACUUUGAAUUGAAGGCUCAGCAUCGAUGUACCAGGCUGCUUUUAGAUGCUGCAUCUAAGCGGAUAGUCGGGGCUGAGCUUACUGAUAUGUUGACGAACGAAAUAUUAUUAGCGAGAGCAAAGAGGUAUAUCAUCUGUGCUGGAGCCAUCCUCACCACUGGAAUCCUUUUCAAUUCACAUAUCAAAUCUGAAACAGGGUACCCAGCUUUGGGGCGAUAUUUAACCGAGCAAACCAUGGCUGUCUGUCAGGUUGCGAUGAGAAAGAGCCUGAUACAGAGCAUGUGGCACGAUCCACGUUGCAGAGAACACUUCAGAAAGUUUCCCGAGGAUCCUUUACGCAUCCCUUUGAACGAUCCUCCUCCUGAGAUCACCAUCCCGGUUUCUGAGAAUUAUCCGUGGCACACACAGAUCCAGCGUGAUCCAUUCCAUUACAACACUGUUCCAAUUUCAAUUGAUUCACGACUGAUACUUGAUCUGCGAUUCUUUGGAUAUGUCAAGCCUGUCUAUGAGAAUUAUGUCGAGUUCUCAUCUGAGGUCACCGACCUUUUCGGCAUGCCCCAACCAAUAAUACACUACCGUAUCGGGAAUGAGGAUUCUGAACGCGCCCAAACCAUGAUGCAAGACAUGAUAAACAUUGCCGCUGGCCUUGGUGACUUUAUCCCUGGUGGCGAGCCCAAAUUUCUUGCUCCAGGCGCAGCAACGCAUAUCUGUGGGACGACCCGGGCAGGGAAGGAAGAUGAUGGUCACUCGGUAGUGGAUAGAGACUCUAAGGUUUGGCGGCUGGAAAACUUGUUCAUUGGAGGUUGCGGUGUGAUUCCGACGCAAAAUGCCUGUAAUCCAACACUGACCGCGGCUUGCUUUGCCAUUGCGAGUGCGAGAAAGGUUGUUGAGGAGAUACAAGCGCUUAAAGGCCAACAGUAUCAAUCAAAGCUUUAG